AUGCUGCAAAUAUCAAAUGGGACUCCACCAAAUUUACCAAAAUUAAAUAAUUUAUCUUCAACUUCCUCGUCAUCAAAUUCAAAUGCAAGUCAACAUCAACCAUUACCUUCUAUACAAAAUCACAAACCAAUAGUAGAUAAUAAAUCAAAUUCAUCACAUCCAAGAUUACCUUCAAUUCAAAUUAGAGAUUCUCCUCCGCAACCACAAACUUUACCUUCUCAUCAUCAAUUAAACCAUCCUCCUUCUCAUUCACCACCAAGUUCAUUGCCUCCAGGUCCUCCUCGUUUGCAGUCUUUAUCUCAACAUCAUCCUCAUCAUCCUCCACCACCACCUCCUCCUCAUUUACAAGAUGUUACUUUAUCAACCAACAACAAAAGAAAAAGUUCAAGUCAAGCGCCUGAAGUUGAUUAUAGUUUAAAAACUACGGGAAAUGUAAAUACUCAAUUGAAUCAUACAUUUCCACCACCAAAACGUCAUAAACCGACUACAUUAAAUUUAAAAGGUACAAAUAAUGCUGAUUUAGCUUUAAGAAUUGUCAGUCCAGGUUUAAUAUCAUUAAAUGAUGAAAUGAAAUCAACUGUUAAAUUAUCUCAUAGAAUUCAACAACAACAAAGAAAUUUAAUAGCUGCAAGAAAUGGGAAAGAAAUUGUUCCAAAACCUGUUGAACCAACUUUAUCAGUUAUAACAACGACAACAACUACCACACCAACAGCUACGUUAAACAGUACCAAUAACAACAGUAGUAAUAAUGAUCCAAGUUCUGCUCAUUUAAAUUCGGAUCAAAAAUUCAUUCUUGAAACAAUACGUAAAAAUAAGCAUAGUGAUGGAGUCAUUUUGAUAUCAGAUUCUGCAUCAAAAGAAUUUGAUAAUUUAAAAUCAGCAAAUAAUCAACAACAACAAAAGGAAAGUUCACCAAUUUAUGCAUCUGAUGAUACAGAAUUAAACAGACUUUCACAAUUACAAAAUAAAAAAUUAAAAAGAAAAAAUAUACCAACUCCUUUAACUAUUGAUCCAGCUACAAAUUCAAUCCCAAUAAGUUCACCAUCGAUUCUUUCAGCUCCAAGCAGAACUAUAGCUCCUGAUUUUAGAGGUAAAAAAAGAUCUUCACCACCUCCCGUUCAAUUGCCUCCUCAGGCUCCUGAUUUUACUAAUAAAAAUAAUACUUUGCCUUCUACUACGUCAUCAUCAACAUUGCCCAAUAUAGGUAGUAUCAUUCCAUCCUUGAAUAACAACAACGUUAAUCGCAAUGGAUUCCCAUCAAAUGGACCACCACCUCCACCUCCACCACUUUCUCAACAUCAAUCUUAUACAUAUGGAAAUCAGCCAUCAACACAAGUACAACCAUCAUUACAAUCCCAUAAUUAUAAUCCUUUGAAACCAAUUGCAAGAACAGGUAUUCCACCAAGAUUUAGACUGGCUCAAGGUAGUAAAUCAACAAGUUCAGUUCCAUCAACUUUUACAACAAACCUGCCAUCUCAAACAUCUCAAAAAAAGGCACUUUCAAAUUUACAAUAUCAACAACAGCAAUCAGUAAGAGCAUCUUUAUCGAAUCCCAAAACUGCUGUAACUGAUGUAUUUAAUGAUAAUCAUCAUAAAGCUGCACCGUUGAAUUCUCAACCACCUUCAACACAACGAGAAUUUUUCACAAAUGGUGGUCAAAGAUCAACAAUUGAAAAUGAUAUCAAUUCAAAUCAUCCUGUACCUCAAUAUGUAUCUGUACAUCCUUCACAUCAACAACAGCAACCACCACUAAUACAAAAUCCAUUACAAUCACAAUACUACAGACAAUCUCAACCUUACCCUCAAUCACAAUAUGUCCCAACAUCAACAACUUCAACUUAUGCACCAGCACCACCUCCGAAUUCUUAUCUGGGAAACACGAAUAAUGGAUUACAACCUUUUCAAUUACAACAAGUUCCAAAUUCACAAUCACCUUUAAAAAGUGGAGAAAUCUUUGGUAGUGUUAAUUUUAUGAAUGAAAAUGUAUUUAAUUUUAGAAUCUAUGAAAAAAAGAAUAAAGAAGAUGAAAAAGAAACAAAAGAUGACGAACAAUCAGAAGUGAAAGAUGAGGAUGAUAAAGCGAAAAAAUCUAAAAGUAUCGAUGAAAAUGAUGAAGAAGAAGUGAUUGAAAUAUCAGAAGAUGAAUCACAAAAGAAACAAGAAGAUGAUGAAAAAGAUAGGAGAAGAUUAAGAAGUAGAAAGAAUUCAAAAGCGACAGAAGAUAAAGAAAAAGAAGAAUCAAAAGAUGAUGAUGAUAAUGAUAAGUCAAUAUCAAAAUUUGGAAAAGAUGAAGACAAAAAUUGGUUGAGUUAUGAAAAAGAAAAAUUUAUGAAAAUUUGUGAAACUUGUUGGGAUGAAUUUGUUAAAACUAGAAUUAACAAUAGUCUUAAUAAAUGA